AUGGGGACUGUUGAGGAAACCUUGAAGUGUCCCGUCUGCCAGGAUUUAUUCACAGAUCCUGUGACGCUCCCUUGUGGACAUGACUUCUGUCUCACCUGCAUCCAUGCUGUCUGGGAAACAGAUGGGCCAAAUGAAGGUCCUUUCUUCUGUCCAGAGUGUCAGAUAUUCCUCCCCUCUGACCUGACUCUGAAGAUAAACAACAGCCUUCAGAACAAAAUAAAGGACCUCACCACUAACAGGCCAUCCGCUGCCGAGCCAUCUCAAUCAUCUUCAACUGUCCACUGUAACCACUGUAUAGAGACACCAUCAGUGGCCGUGAAGACCUGUCUCACCUGUGAUGCUUCACUGUGCCAGGCUCACACACUGCUACACCAACAGAGGUCUGCUCUGAGGGAGCACACAGUGGUGGAUGUGACAGGGGAUCCGCUGUCUCUCAAGUGCAAGGAACACCGUGAUGAGCUCAAGCUGUUCUGUAUGGAGGAGAGAGUUCCUGUGUGCUGUUUGUGUGUUCUUGUCGGUACGCACAAGAACCACAAGGCAUCUCAGCUCCAUGAAGCCUGUUCACACUUCAAGGGCAUAUUAGAGUCCACAAUGAACCAACUGCUGAAGAGGAGAAGUGAAGCAGAACUUGCUAUCAAGGACUUGGAGUGCAUGUACACACAGACAUUGAAAUCUGCUGCAAACUUCAAAGAGAGAAUCGCAGACAAGUACAACAGAAUCCGCGUUGUGUUGGAUGGUGAUGAGCGUCUGAUGAUGCAGAUCAUAGAUGCAGAGGAGACAUACAUGACAGAGUGGCUAGAAACCAAAAGGGGCUUCAUGGAGGCCCAAAUCGGAGAGAUAGAUAGUCUCAGAGCUUCUAACAAAUUGCUCCUCCAGGAAACAAAUGAUCUGCAGUUCCUACAGAAAAUUGCAACAAUGAAUCCUUGUGAACCAUUGGAUUUAGCACCAAUCCAGGAAGUAGAGAGGGAUCUGUGUGACCUUGAGAAACUGAGAACAGUGGAGAAGCUGGUGGAUGACCUUUCAGUGGCUCUGUCUCAACAUUUUCCACGAAUGUGGUCAUAUCUAAGUUCUCCUGCCCUGGACACCGAAACAGCCCACCCAAAACUGGAAAUAUCCCAGGAUGGGAGGCAAGUGUGCUGGAGAAGACAGCCUAUCACUGAGGCUGCGAGCCAGCAACCAUAUGACUCCCAGUACAGUGUCCUCACUCAAGAAAGCUUUGCUGCUGGCCAGCACUACUGGGAGAUCAUAGUCCAGGAGAAACUGUACUGGCUGAUAGGUGUGACCACUGGGCCAGUUAACAAAGAAGAUGAAUCAAGUCAAGUAAACAACACAUUCUGGUGCAUCUACCAUGGGGACGGGCAGUACCUGGCUCUGCAUGAUACCCAGGAGAAGCAAUUGUCAGUGGGAAAGAGAGUUAAAAAGCUGGGCAUACUGGCCAAUCUUCAAAAGGGGGAGUUGUCAUUCUACAAUGCUGAUGCAAUGACCCUACUUCACUCAUUCUGUGUGCAGUGCAAGGAGCCUCUGUAUCCCAUGUUAAACCCAUGCAUUGAUGUGAACGGACUGAACCACCAGCCUCUUACCUUGUUCUGGAUAAAAGACCCCUGAGAAAUCCAGAUCUAGGUGAAGACUGAACAUCUGGGAUGUUAGAA